GUAUUUUUUGUUUCUUUCCCUGAGUAUGCAAUACCUUGUUGCAUGUGGUUCCUCUUCCUUUUCCUUUGUGGAGGGUUAUACUUUCCUGCGCCACACUAAACCUCUUCUCAGAACAUGCAAAGGGGGUCAGCUGAAGGCUCAGUGUGCUCAGAGAACUUCAUGGCGUCCGGUCUCACUUUCACUUUUUGGCACAGGCUUCUUACUUGGCCCUCUUCUCGAUGGACUCCAUUCAAGGGUCAAUCUCGUGCUCUACAAAUCAGGCUCCAUUCAUAUUGGUCCACUCCACACAAACAUUUGGGUUCCUUUCUUGCUCGGAUUCUUCUAUUCCUCCCUUGGUUUGCUUCAACUCUACCUUGACGACAGGGCCUCCAACAAGGUUCCAGAGUCAACUUUACCCAAAACAAUUCUCUCACUAAUAUGUUUGGUGCUGUUUAUAGAAGUGAGUGCGGAACUUUACAAAGCCGGAAUAGCAGACAACAUUGAAGCCUACAUAUUAUUUGCUGCAGCAGAGUUUAUAUGGUUUUUGGUAGAUAGGACAUGGGCAGGUUUCACCUUGGCAUGCAUUGUUGGGCUUGGUUGCCCUUUGGCUGAGGUUCCCAUUAUGAAGUUCUUCCACCUUUGGUACUAUCCUCAAGCGAAUAUUGAAAUCUUUGGCCAGGGACUAGUUACUUGGACACUCACUUGUUACUUCGUGUAUACGCCGUUCUUAAUUAAUUUGUCACGGUGGUUGAGAACAGUGUAUGCUCCUCAAAUAGAGAAGUCUUCCUAGAAAAUUAUCUAUGUGCUGUCAAUUGUAGCACGGCAUUCUAACUUAAUGUAUGAUACUGAUGCAUAUCCAACUAUAUUGAAAAUCGAACUGAGUUCAUUUUAUCAAAAUUAAAAACCCCAGAUUCACCAUGAUCA